GCGGUGCUCUUGGACCCCCACUUGCCUGGCGGCGAGAAGAAGCCGCUGAAGGAGUACAUCAAGUGGGUGCGCCAGGAUGCGGGCCGGGCGCAGACCGUGCGGCUCAAGGUGGAUGCGUACGUCCAGAGCCAGGCGGGGAAGGACCCAGAGAAGCGCCGCCGCAUGUCCAGGCAGGCCGCGGGAGACAUCCAGCAGGCUCGCCAGGUAUCUUCCGUCAAGGUAUCCGGGCGUCGCCUGUCUGCGAACUGGCAUCAAGCCUGCCCCGUGAGCAAGUGGCACGAGGCUUUCCCUGAGACGCCGCUGCCCACGGACCCGAAUUGUCGCGGCGAGGAGCUCAUCGACGGCGCCUGGCAGGAGGUUGUAUAUGUCAUGAAGGACGGCGCGAAGAAGUUCUUGUGCGACAUCGCGGACUACGACGAUCGCAAGGUGGAGGACAGGACGGUGCUGGCGACUGUGGCCGAGUCAGACGACGACGCGGACGCGGCUGAGGUUGCGGCUGCUGCCGAGGCCGCCGUGGCCCCAAUUGCAGCCCUGCGGCGCGCCACGCAGCGCGCGGAGAUCGGUGCAGCAGAGAGCGCGCCGUUGGAGGGGCACCAGCCCGACUCUCCCGCGAGCGACGAGGACGCCGAAGAGACGGAUCUCGUGGCCGCGGCGCUGUCGGGCCUGUGGGGCACGGCCCGCGCCGCCAAGCCCGCGCCCAAGGCUGCGACCAAGCCGCAGGCCAGACCACCAGCCCAGACGACCGGGAGGGCUACGUCCGGGCGCCCCGCCCAGACAGCCGAGAGGCCUGCCGCCAAAGGGGCUGCCGCGCCCGCAGCCGCUGCCCCUUCGAAGUGCGCCGCGCCCUCGGCGCAGGCGCCGCCGCAGAGGUCAGCCGCCCGCGCCCCUGCUCAGACGGCCGCGCCCUCGGCGCAGCCAGCCGACGGCAGCAGCGCCAGUCCGCCCUUGGCGACCCCGCAGCGCUCGGGCCGGAGCCAGCCAGGGAAGAAGCGCGGCAGCGGCGGUUCGUGGGCCGCGCCCCUGCUCGCCCGGCCGCCCGACGACUCCGACGAGGGCGGCGGGCAGCCGGACGAGCCAGCACCUCUCGAGGACGGCUCCGCGUCGAAGAAGAGGGGGCGGAAGGCCCUCGAAUUCAGCCUCACAGCGGCCGGCAGGAAACUCAAGGGCGAGGCCGACACGCUCUUCAAUACGUUCCGGGAGUGUUACAAAUUGCUCGACUUCAGCGGAGAUGUGGACCUGUCCACGAAGGAGGGGAGAGCCCACUUCAAGGCCGCGGCUUUUGAGCAGGCGGCAGCCGCAGAGAGCGCCAUCCACACGGCCAAGAAGGCAGCGGCCAAGAUGGGGAAGAUCCCGGAUGACGGCGCGCAGGCGCUGCAGAUCAACAAGGCAUGGCUGGCGCGCUCAGAGGAGGCGCUGGCCGCGGCAGUGCGGGUCGUCAAGGGAACACAGACUCUCCUGAAAGACACCGAGAUCGCCGCGGCGGAGGACAUCGCGUUCGGCGUGGCGUACCACAUGCGGUUCAGGAGCUGGAAGGCAGACGAGGCCAUCGAGCGCUGCGAUUGGUUACAGCUGAUGUCCCUGUUGGAAAGCGGCGCUGCAGAUGGCGCGCCCUCGGCAGAUCUCGCGACGACGACCCUCGAGCGAGUCGGCGCGGGCCUGAUUUCGGCCGUCGCGAAGUCGGACGCCAAGAAGGGAGGCGGAUCGUUUGCUGCCGUGGUUGCCUUCGCUGGCGCCGCGCGGGAUGCUCUCCAGCGGGCCCCCGCCGACCCUGCGCGGCCAGUGUGGGAGGAGGAGCUGAAGGGUCAAAUCCAAGUUCUCUGGGCAGUGUCGCGCGCGAGCACUGCCCCGCUGACUGAGGUGGAGGAGGCGCUGGAGGCGCUCCCGCAGCUGGAGGGGGCCUUGGGCGUCGCUUUGAACACGAGCCCGGGCGGCAAAGUCCUCGUUGGUUGGGCGGAGUCGGCCAUGAAGAAGCGGUCCCACGAGGAGGCUGCUCUCCAGUGCGCCCAGGCAGCCCGGGAGCUCUUCGCGCAGGUGACGGGCCAUGCCGCCGGGGAGCAGUGGCAGAAUUGGACCGAGGAGGUGUCGCGCGCCUGCAAGAAGCAGAAGGAGGCCGCGUCCAAGGCGGGCGCGCUGCAGGAGGCCGACCGGCACCAACUCGCCAGGGAAGGCACGGCGUUCGAGGACGUGGUCCUCGGGUUGCUCUUGCGCUCGCCCCGCGAGGAGGUGGGGCGAGCCGCGGCAGGCCUGAGGAAAGAUUCCUUGUCCGAGAGCGAGAAACAGGAGCUCCUGACUGCCGCGUGCGUCGAGCGGCUGGAGUUGGAGCGCGGCUGGUCGACCGUCGAGGAGUGGGCGCCUGAUGGCAUCAAGGGCCCCCACGAGACCGCCUUCGGGGCAUUGAAGAAGAUCGCCGACAUCGCCGCGUACAGCCGUCUCGACGUACCUGGGGUGAAGCAGCCAGUGAAGACAGCCAAUCGGUUGUGCGACCUCUUGAAGGAGAGCCCCGAGGCGUUGUUGAAGGUCUCUGGCGUGACAGUGUCUGCGGAAGACAACGUAGAGGGGCUGCAGUCGCUGUUCUCCCUCGCGCUGGGCACGGCGGCGCGCGUGCGCAGGGCCUUGGGCCACAGCGUUCUGGCCAGAGCCAAGGGUGCAGCAGAACAGUCUCUGAAGCGCGUGGCCUCGGCGGCGUGGCAACGGAAGGAAUUGCAGGCCUUCUUGAAUAUCUCCGAGCUGCUGAGCGCGGAGCCGCCCGAGGACACCUGGAAGGAAGCGGACAUGUGGCUGUGCAGCGUCGCGGCCGUCGCCGACGCCAAGGAGCUUGCCGAGCAGGCCGAGGGCGAGCUGAACCUGGAGCUGUGGGAGAACGCGAGCGACGCCGUGCGCCAGCUCGGGGACAUGGUGCAGCCGGAGCGCGCCUCCCAGACGGUCAUCGCGAAGACUUUCGACGCUUCUCUGGAAGAUGUGGAGGCAGCAGUGGGGGCCAGCAAGGAGCUGCACGCGCAGGCCGUGCCAUGGCUGGAGAAAGUCGCGCAGGAGCGGGCUGAACGCUCCGUCAAGCGGUUCGACGCCGAGCCAGCCGUGCGCGCCGCGAAGGAGCUUCUUGAGAGGAGCCCCAUCCCCGAGACGCUGCAGGAAGCGGCCGACUUCUUAAAGGUUGUCGGUGGCACCGUGGACAUGCCGGAGACCUUCGGCGGCAAGGGUGGGAAGAUGGUUGAUGCUGUCAACAAGGUGAUCGGUGGCUUCUCUCUCAUAAAGGAGGUGUACCGCGACCCCCAUCUUGAGUCGCAGGUGGACUCCAUGACGUCACAGUUGCGACAGCGGCUCUUCCUGGUCGCCUGGUGCGCGAACGUGACGUCGUCGAUUUGGGAGGCGAAAGGCCAGUCGAGGAUUCUGACCCAGCAGAAGCAGAAGGUCCGCGAUGCCAUGAGGAACCUCAUCAGCGUCGCAGAGGAGCCUGACAAGACGAAGGAGGAGUUUCCCGCGCUCGAGGGCCGCCUGAUCCCCGAGAUCCUUUUGAACGCGGGGAAGGCGAUCCUCGCCGGCCGCGCAGUGAGCGGGGAGAGCGAGGCGGAGGGCGCCAGCGGCGCAGCAGACAGCGCGCCUGGGAGCGGGGCCGGCGGCACUGACCAGAAAGGGUGCGCCCGGGCUGUGCCCGGGGCCGCCAAGAGGGCCAGGGUGGGCGACGCGGCGUCGUUUCCAAAGGCGACGCCGCAUUCCCCAGCGGUUCUGGCGGCGAAGAGAGCCAGCAUUGGCGGCGCCCCUGUGUGCAAGUCCGCGCGCAAGGCCGCGUAG